UCCAGUGAGCUUUUACUACACAGUCAUGAACUACUUCUUCUAUUUCUCCAUCCUCUUUCUUGUUUUUCUUGUCACUUUGAAGCUUUUGUUUCAAACAAGAAGAUUCAAAAGCCUUCCUCCAGGUCCACCUUCUUUUCCUAUUAUUGGAAACCUUCAUCAACUCAAACAGCCACUCCACCGCACCUUCCAUGCUCUAUCACAAAAAUAUGGCCAAACUUUUUCUCUUUGGUUCGGAUCCCGUCUUGUAGUUGUUGUUUCAUCACCAUCAGCAGUGCAAGAAUGCUUUACCAAAAACGAUAUCAUCCUAGCAAACCGUCCUCACUUUCUCACAGGAAAGUACAUCGCGUACAACAACACCACCGUAGUAGCAUCCCCCUACGGCGACCAUUGGCGCAACCUCCGCCGCAUCAUUGCACUAGAGGUUCUCUCUUCACACCGUCUCAACUCUUUCUUGGAAGUUCGAAAGGACGAGAUCAUGAGGCUAAUACAAAAGCUUGCUCAGGACUCGUGCAAGGAUUUUGCCAAAGUGGAGCUUAAGUCCAAGUUUUCAGAAAUGACGUUUAACACUAUAAUGAGAAUGGUCUCGGGGAAAAGAUACUAUGGUGAGGACUGUGACGUCACUGAUGUCGAGGAAGCAAGGCAAUUCAGAGAAAUCAUCAAAGAGUUGACCUCUUUAGGAGGGGCAAACAACCCAAGUGACUUCUUAGCAUUACUAAGGUGGUUUGAUUUUGAUAAUUUGGAGAAGAGGCUAAAGAGGAUUAGUAAGAGAACAGAUGCGUUCUUACAAGGACUCGUUGAUGAGCAUCGUAAUGGGAAACAGCAUGCCAAUACCAUGAUAGACCAUCUCUUAACCCAACAACAAACACAGCCUGAAUACUAUUCGGAUCAAAUCAUCAAAGGACUUAUUCUGGUAAUGGUGCUUGCAGGAACAGACACAUCAUCUGUGACUUUAGAAUGGGCAAUGUCUAAUUUAUUGAAUCAUCCAGAAAUAUUGAAAAAGGCAAGAAAUGAAAUAGAUGCACAAAUAGGACAAGAUCGCCUGGUAGAUGAGUCUGACAUUUCAAAACUCCCUUACCUUCAAAGCAUUGUCUAUGAGACACUUCGGUUGCAUCCUGCCGCUCCAUUGUUGGUACCCCAUUUGUCUUCAGAAGAUUGCACUGUAGGAGAAUAUAAUAUCCCACAAAACACUAUUGUGUUGGUUAAUGCUUGGGCCAUUCAUAGAGAUCCCAAGUUGUGGUUUGACCCUACACGCUUUAAGCCCGAGAGGUUUGAGAAAGAAGGCGAAGCAAACAAGUUGCUUUCAUUUGGGUUAGGUAGAAGGGCUUGUCCUGGAGAAAACUUGGCUCAACGCACAGUAGGCUUAACUUUGGGCGUAUUGAUUCAGUGCUUUGAGUGGAAACGAAUAGGAGAGGAAGAAAUUGAUAUGACCGAAGGAAAAGGGAUCACCAUGCCAAAGAAAAUUUCCUUAGAAGCCAUGACUAAAGUGCACCAAUCAUCAGCAAUUAAGGAUAUUUUCUAAAUGGCAUAAUCAUCUUGAAGAAGCAAAGCAAGUAUCUAUGUAUAAUAAAAUAAAUAAUAUCGGUGCUAAAAUAAGGGCUAGGUCACCAAUGUAAAAUUAGGUUUGAUCCUCAUCAGCGUAUUUCUUUUUUCUUUUUCGGUAGAACUCAUCAGCGUAUUUCUAUUUCUCCGAAAUUCCUUAGCUUUUUUUUUAUCUGAAAAAUUUAUUGUUA